AUGGUAAUUCAUUUGAUUUUUCUUUUCUUCAGCGUCGUUUAUUCCUGGGAUGACUCAAAUUUGGCCACAGGCAGCUUAGGAGGCUACUUCAACAUGACGGAAAUUAAUAAAAUGCUGGAAAGCUUAGCAUCCACCAGCGUGACCUCGAUUACUGCAGGCCAAACUGAAGGCGGCGUCGAUAUAAAAGGAGUCAAAGUGAUUUCAACAGGUAAAUAUUACUUAGAUGGCCUUGACUCCACAAAAAGACAAAAAAUUCUGGUUACAGGGACCCAUACAACGGCUCAGCCUUUAUCAGCUACCCAAGUCUUAUAUUUAUUAAACUACAUGAUCAAUGAUGCUAGUUCUGACACCGUUUAUUUACUCCAAACCUCCAUAUUCUACUUCUUUCCAGUGAUAAAUGUGGACGCAUAUACAAAAUCAUACGAAAACUAUGCAACUACAAGUAGCUUUGUGACAUAUUUAAAAAACACCAAAAGUACAUGCACAUCAGAGUAAUUUUUAUACAGCGCCACUAAGUCAGGAGUAGACCUUAAUGCAAAUUUUGGCGCAUAUUGGGGUUAUGACAGCAAAGGGUCUUCAGACGAUACUUGUAGUGAUACUUAUAGAGGAACUGCUGCAUUUUCUGAAAAAGAGUCUUCAGCAAUAAAGUCAUUACUCACAAAUGAAGGGACCUUUACGAUGUGGAUUCAUUAUGAUAACUAUGGAAAUAAGUAUUUUUACCCUUAUUCCUACACAGAUGGAGAUAUGUUAUCCUCAUUUAUAUUGAAAUGAUAUUUUUUUAUAUAAAAAAUCUAGUAAUUAUUAUAAAUAAGUAUAAAAGCUUUUACAGGCCAAGAAAAAUAUUAUUCUUAUUAUACAAAUUUAGCAACAAAUGCGACUUCUUUGGGAUCAAUGACCUAUGGCACUACUCAUGAUAAGAACGCAACUGUUGCAAAUGGUGCUAUAAUAGACUAUGGUAUGAACAAUACAAUUAUUUCAUUUUUAGCUGCAAUAGGAGAUAAAAACACAGCAAAAGAUGCAAUACUUUCUACUUGUAAAACCCAUGUGACUACUUUUAAAGAAAUUAUUAUGACAAGCACUCCUGAUAUAUAGCCUGAUCCAAAGCAGGGAUUGGGUUUGACUGAGGUUAGGAAAUUUCAGAUGGGGAGUUGACGAACCAAGUUUGUUUGGUAAGUCAACUCCCCAGGUGGCAAAUCCUAUUCUUAUUAGAGAUUUUCAUAUCUGAGGAGCUGAUUUGCUAGAAAAUGUUGGCUCCUCAACUCCCCCAUCUGACGUUUCCUGACCUCAGUCAAACCCGAUCUAAAGCAGCGAUCGAGCUAUAAAACUUUACCUUUCCAGCAGUGCAAAAGUGGACUGCGGAACAAAUUGUGGGGACGCUAUAGGGUUGCUAUAAAAAACCCAAAAAUAAAUUAACGUAAUUUUUCUUAAAAAAUACCAGAAAAUCCCAUUUUUCACAGCUACCGACGCUGUAAACCCUGUAGCAUAUUCAACCUUAACAUUCACAUUACAAAAUCUUGGGAUUUCUGACAGUUAUGAUAGCCUAAAUUUCAUUUUUAAAGCUACUUAUGGGUCAACUUAUGACUAUAUGGUCACUAACGUCACAGGUGGAGGAGGCUCUCUAGAUAUUACCAAUGUGACAGACUCUGCUGAAAAAAUCAGUUUUCAAGUCAAUAUUGGCUCACUUACAAAGCUUACGAACUAUACUUUGAAAAUAAACUUAUACAGCUAUAAAGGAGCUUCUUAUAAUGAUGAGGACAUGGCUAUCACCUAUACAGCCACAGCUACCAGCUCAUUAUCAGCAACUAAAACCUUUUUAACGACUGGUGAUGCCAAGCUAUCAGGGGUCACAACACCUUCUACUAGUACUAAUAAUAACAAUGGCUCAGGGGCUUUUCAAUACAUUAGGGUAUCCAGCUCCCACAAAGAGCUUGCUGCAGUCGCUGUGAUAAGCAUUUUUAUGGGAAUUAUUAUGAUAGUCAUAUGGGUUUUUAUUAUAAGAAGAUUCAAACAUGAAAAAGAAUUCGGAAGCGCCAAUGAGGAGCAUGACGCAAUGUCUCAUGAAGAAAUCAAUAUUAAGCUAGAUGAAAAAGAUACCAAAAAUGUUACAACUGAUAUAGCCCAUGUCUACUUAUAGCUGGAUAUAGGCUAGUAUAUGCAGAAAAGCAAAAUAUUGAAGUUGGAAAGAGUAAUUUAUGAUAAUAAUGAAAUAUAAGGAAGGAUAAGCUAUAAUAUAAAUAGCAAAAAUGAAUUCCCAUCAAGACCUGGAGAUGAUUUCAAAGGGCUCGGAGUUAGAAAUCCUAAUGGAUUUGGAUAAUUAAUAUGGUGGCGGUGAAUGCCCUUGACGAUAGUACACCCUUUUGGGUGUUAAAAUCGCUUUAUAUAGCCUAGACCAAGGCCUAGGCCCUUUAAUCCUUAUCCGUGGAAUGCCUUCAGCGGUAGGGGGUGGGUAAGUCUUGGGAGUUAGCUGGUGGUGAUCAAGUCCAGGUAUUAGUUAUCCGGAUAGUUUGUGGGCCAUGGGCUCUUACCUGCAGCUCCGGAGCGCCGUGGUCAAUUUUUUCUGUGUGCUAUCCUCCCUCAAGGUGGCCGAAGGAGGCAUAGGUCAGUCCUCACUCGAAUGACGUGAAGCACAAGGAGUCUUUCUAACCCGUAAAGACUUCAGGAUAUCUGUGCAAGCCCAAGUUCCAUAGUACAGCACUGUUCACACAAGGCUCAGAGGACUGAUUCCUCCUGCAAACAGAUUCUGAAUAUCGCAAAAGUGAAGUGUUCAAAUCUGAAAGAUUUUAAUCUUAAUCUUAAUGGAUUUGAGGUAAGAAAUAUGAACCAAGAACCAAAGAAAUUUGAAUUUAAAACUGAAGCAAGAUUGCCUGAAGAUGGCUCACCAGGGCUUAAAGGGAGAUUCGGGGUGUCAAAUCCUCAACCUGAAAUAAGAGGGAAUUUUGGAGCGAAUAGACCUGAAGGGGUUGAAGAAGGGUCACCUGGGCUAAAAGGGAGAUUUGGCGCGCCAAAUGCUCAGCCUGAAAUAAAGGGGAAUUUUGGAGGAUAUAGACCUGAUGUCCCUGAAAAACAAAGUCCAAGGGUAGAAACUGUAGGAUUUGGUGCAAGAGGAAACCCUGGAGGGCUAAGAGCAGUUGAAGUCCCUGAAAGACAAAGCCCAAGAGUAGAAAAUCCAGGCUUUGGCAGGCCUGAUAUGAGGCCAGGAAUCCAAAAAAUUGAUAUCAGUGCCAACUCCUCUGACCAAAGCGUCAAUAUCCCUUCAAUGAGAGGCCUUCCACCUAAAUCAGAGCCUGAAUUAAAAGGCACUGUAAACGUUCCUUCAGGCUUUUCCGCAAUCCCAAUAGAAUCAGACGCUCCUAGCUCCCUCCAUUUAAUUGGAACAAAUAUAGGAAAAUUUCCAUUUUUUGGGUGCUUUAACCCUCUUUUUAAAUCGAAAAAAAUUAUUUUUAAAGAAAAUAUAAGGUAAAAUACUAAAAAAAUUAAAAUUUAAUUGGAACAAGAUAUUUUGCUAUAGUUUAAAGGGGGAAGUAAAGGAAAAUUCAUCCCUCAAGGACGAGAAAUUCCUUCCCAUCUAAAAGCAUCGCCAUUUGGAAAAGAGCCUCAAGCUAAACUCGGCGCUGUUGAAGAGCCACAACUCCCAAGUUUUGCAAGGCAGCCGACUGAUCCUGGGAUGAAAGCUCCUUUACAAGAAAAGCAGUCCUUGGCGCCUGUAUAUGAAGCUGACGAGCCACGCCCUAUAUAUGUAGAACCACAAGUAAGAAUUGGAGGAAUGGGCAGAGGAGGAUUUUCAAGGCCUGUAGAAGAGCCAAAGCCACAAUUCGCUAGUCCUCAGUUUAAAGGAUCAAUAGGGGUGUCAGUUGAAAGCCAGCCAAGAGCCCAAAUACCUGGAGCUGGGAUAAAUUUAGGCGGCCCUCCUGCUAAAAGUACAUUCCAGCCUAUAAGUGCUGCUUUUAGAGCUGACGAAAGCAGCGAUGACAUCCAAAUUUUGGCAGAAGAAAACAGGUGGGGAGACCCUCCAUCAAGAAAAAUAGGCCUCAAUUCCAGCUCAAGUAAUGAAUCCUUCUAA